AUGGCUGAAGAUUCUGAAUUGUGGGAUGUCAUAUGUGAUGGUCCUUACAUCCUAACAAAGGCACUUAAAGUUGUGGUGAAAAAUUUUCAUGCCAAGAAAAGUUUGGUAUGUGGAAUACGACCUGAUGAGUACAAUAGAAUUUCUGCUUGUGAUACUGCAAAGGAGAUAUGGGAAGCUCUGCAAAUAGCACAUGAGGGAACCACACAAGUAAAGAAAUCUAAGAUUGAUAUGCUCACCACCGAGUAUGAAUUGUUUAGGAUGAAGGACGAUGAAUCUAUUCAAGAUAUGCACACAAGAUUCACCUCUAUCAUAAAUGAUUUACACUCACUCGGUGAAAUCAUUCCUAGAAACAAGCUAGUGAGGAAAAUUCUCAGUAUCCUGCCAAGUACUUGGGAAAGCAAGGUGAAUGCUAUUACUAAUGCAAAGGACCUGCAGGAGCUGACCGUUGACGAGCUGUACUCCAAGUACAACACUGAGAAAGCAACAAAGAGGAACCCGGUUCCUGACAAGGACUUCAAGAGGAAGAGAUCUGCUGACAAUGUGGUGAAACAUACUCUUGCAGCAUGGGGAGACUUCUCUAGUGAGUCUGAAGAUGAAACUAAUGCAUGUGACAACUCCAUGAUGGCAGUUGAAAGUGAGGAAAAUGAAUAUGAUUCAAUAUUUUCUUUGAUGGCCCAAUCAGAUUAUGAUGAAGACGAUAACAACAGUGAGGUAAAUUUCAGGGAUGUUCAAAAAAAUAUGAAAUCCUGCUCUUCUAAGAAACUCAUAUCUUUAGCUAGUGUAUUGGUUGAUUCCUAUCAUAGUCUUGUGGAGGAUAAGUCCUUGACCUUAGAGCUAGGAGAAGCUGAACAAACUAGAGAUGAUCUGGUAGUGUGUGUAGUUGAUCUGAAGGAAACCAUUUGUGAGAUGGAGAAAGAAAAAUUUGUUUUAACCAAAAACAUUGCUAACAUAGAACAUGAAAGAGAUGACUUAGUGUUUGUAGUUGUUGACCAUAAGGAAACGAUUGAAAACUUUAGAAAAGAAAGAGAAGCUUUAAUGAAGAGAGCGAUUGAGAUUGAGGAAGAAAGAGAUGAUCUCUUGUUCAAAAUGUCUGGCUUGGUAAAUAGAGUCGGGAAUGGCAACCUCAAAAACCACGGAGAAAAUGGUAUGGCUGAACUAGUCAUUGGCGCGCCACUGCGGAACCCCGAUAAUGCACUUGGAUCAGUUCCGGCGGAUGCGAUUUCGCAAGAUGCUCAACAAGUCGACGAAACCUCACACACCGACGGAAGCAUACAACAUACCGACCAACAGGAAGCCCAAAAAACCCCAGCCCGGGAAGAACAAAAAGUUAAUCUUCAUGUUAUUUUUGAAAUGUUGCAGGCAAAAUAG